UUUAAGAAACAUGGCGGCAAAAGUUGUGCAAGAUGAAAAAUCUACGAAGAGAACUGUUGUAGUGGGAGGUGGAUUGGCUGGAGCCUUGAUUGCCGUAUACCUUGCAAAACGUGGAUUCAAAGUAGAUGUGUUUGAAGCUCGCAAAGAUCCUCGCAAGGAGGUAGCCCAGAGAGGGAGGAGUGUCAAUCUUGCACUCUCUGUUAGAGGAAUAGAAUCACUUCGAGCUGUAGGAGCAGAGGGCCUGGUUACAGCACUUGGCAUUCCUAUGCAUGCUCGCAUGAUUCACUCUCAUAGUGGAAAUACGACACCCAUUCCAUAUGGAAAGAAGGGACAGCAUCUGUUAUCAGUGGAGAGGCAGAAGUUGAACAAUGAUCUUCUCACAGGUUUGAUUUCAGUCAGGAAUACAUUCCUCAUGGUUAUAAAGAGCUUUGUCUUGCCCCGACCAAGAAUGGAGAGUUUGCCAUGGCAGUGAAUUAUUUACACAUCUGGCCAAGACAGACAUUCAUGAUGAUAGCUUUACCAAAUCAGGACAAGUCAUUCACCUGCACAUUGUUCCUACCAUUUGACCAAUUUGACAAGUUGAAAACAAAGGAGGAUGUCCUGACUUUUUUUAAAGCAGAGUUCCCAGAUUUCCUUAACCUCAUGGGAGAAGAGAAACUGUUGGAAGAAUUUUUCAGAAACCCUACUGGCCCUAUGGUGUCCAUUAAGUGUAAGCCCUACCAUGUUUCUGACAAACUUGUAAUUAUUGGAGAUGCUGCUCAUGCAAUGGUUCCAUUUUAUGGUCAAGGAACAAACUGUGCAUUUGAGGACUGUCUGGUACUUAAUGGAAUACUAGAAAAACAUAAUAAUGAUUUUGGCAGUGCACUACAGGAGUACUCGAGAACACGAAAUAAGGAUGUUGAAUCUAUGUGUGAUUUAGCAAUGUACAACUACAUUGAGAUGAGAUCCUUAGUGACGUCCCCAGUUUUCCUCAUGAAGAAGAAACUGUUCAACUUUCUCCACUGGCUGAUGCCAAAAACAUUUAUUCCUCUUUAUACCAUGGUGUCGUUUUCUCAGAUUCCCUACAAGACAGUCAUUGACAGAUCGGAGUGGCAGGAAAAGGUUGUGAAGAGAACUGCACUCAUGUCUAUGUUGAUGGUAGGAGUUGGUGGAGCUCUGAUGGCAUUGAGAAUAGUGAAGAAAGAUGGCAAAUUGUUUUGAAAAGUGAUCUUUUAACUGUUUGAUGUAAUAUUUAAUACUUAAAUAGUAGUGUGGGAGACUUGCCUCGUAGAUGGACAUACACCAGGGCUUGACACUAACUUUUCAACUUACUAGCCAAGUGGUUGGUGACAACUUAGAUGUAACAACAAUUUCAGUUUGUUUACUAGCCAAAGUGGCUAGGGGAAAUUGAAAAUCACUAGCCAAAACUGACUUUCUACUAGUCUGUGGCUAGUUGGCUACCGUUAGUGUCAAAGAAGUAAUACACUGCUGAGUUCAAGCAUUGAAAAUCGAUCAAACACCACCAAUACAAAAAGUACAGUCACACUUUAGACAACAAGCAGCACCUCCUUUUUGGCAAAGUCUGUCAUGCAAGUAAAAAAAAAAAAAAAAAAACAGGGAAAAAAAAAUUGCUGUCAGCCCUAAAAUAAAUUCUUGCUUUACAAAAGUGA